GCAAAAAUGGCACACAAAUGACAAGGCUGAGCGCACUGAUAGCAUUUCAUCGUUAUUUCUCUCUACUUAAGAAACCACUCAGGAUAUAUCGCACAGUGGAUAUAUAGGCAAUGUCUUUGUGCUUAUAAAUCCGCACACUUCGGAUGAUCCUGAUGGGCCCGCGAUGAUCUCCAGUCUAUAAUUUUGUUUCAGAAAUGCUGUUUUUUCAACAGUUGAUCUGUCGUUUGGAGCUGUUCGCCACAUGUGGAUUGUUGCCCCGUGGAACAGAAGAGCACAAUUUAAUCUCACGGAUGGUGAUGUAAUUAUUAUUCAGAUUAAUUUGGGAUACAUUGGAUUUCCGGGAUCAUACCCAAGAAAGUCCACACCGAGGUGUCUGGGGCGUUGGAGAAAGAAACCGAGUCUAUAUUCCACACACUGGGCUGGGAAUAACUCCAGACAAUGCUUCAGUGUUCCAGCUGUGAAAAGCCUAUUCUUGAUAGGUUCUUGCUCAAAGUUUUGGACAGACCAUGGCACAUCAAAUGUGUCCAGUGCUGCGAAUGCAAAUGCACUUUGACAGAGAAGUGCUUUUCACGAGAAGGGAGACUGUAUUGUAAGAAUGACUUCUUUAGGACAUUUGGGACCAAGUGUGACGGUUGCGCCCAGGGGAUUUUACCCAGUGAUCUUGUCCGCAGGGCGAAGAGCAAAGUGUUUCACCUCAACUGUUUCACCUGUGUGAUGUGUAACAAACAGCUGUCCACCGGAGAGGAACUGUACAUCCUGGACGAAUUCAAGUUCGUUUGUAAGGAGGACUAUCAAAACAACAGCGGGAAAGACACAAUCCUCCUUUCAGUUACGACAAGCAGCGACCCAAGUCUGUCUCCAGACUCCCAGGACCCGCCGGACGACGAGAAGGACUCCGAGACGGGACAUUUAUCCGAUAAAGACAACAACAUGGAGAACGACGAGCAGAGUGCCGUCGGGAAACGACGCGGGCCUCGGACCACCAUCAAAGCCAAGCAGCUGGAGACCCUGAAAGCGGCUUUCGCGGCCACGCCGAAACCCACCAGACACAUCAGGGAGCAGCUGUCCCGGGAGACCGGCCUCACCAUGAGAGUCAUCCAGGUUUGGUUCCAGAAUCGGAGGUCCAAAGAGAGACGCAUGAAGCAGCUGAGCUCCCUGGGCGGCCGGAGACACGUGUUCUUCCGCGGCCAGAGGAGGAUGAGGGCGCUGGGGGAGAGACUGGAAGCAGAGGAGCUUGGACACUUCUCUUAUUAUGGAGAUUAUCCUGGUGAAUACUAUGGCUCAGGAGGGAAUUACGAGUACUACCAAGGCCCUCCAUCGCACGCUCAGACUCCAGCAGACUUGGGCUUUGUGCCCUCCUCUGUCCCUGCUGGCACCCCAUUAGGAGCAAUGGACCACCACCAUCCAGGGCACCACUGUCCUGGAGAGAUGCACUGUUUCUCUGACACAGUAUCUCAUCACCCUGCGGACUCACCCAGUCCAGAGCCCAAUAUGCCAGGCUCAAUGCACAGCAUCUCCAGUGAGAUGUGUGGCCCCAGCACACCCUACACGACUGUGUCCCUCAGUGACAACGGAUACACCAACCAGCUGUCACAACCCUCUUCAGAAAUGAGUGAAGGCACUGUCUGGUAAACCAGCCGACACCC